AUGGCGUUAUACCGGCCCAAGGGCUGGUUGUUUGUCUGUCUCUUUGCGGGAUUGGCCGUGGCCUCCAAGCUAGAGAACCAUGGAAAGCCUGCAAUAUCUUUCGACUCCUUGAGUUUGCAGCAGCUGGAUGAGGAACUUCAAACGUGCGAUGUUGUCCGACAGCUCAACGCUGCAAAGAUCGCGACCGCGCCCGACACCUCUACCCUGACGUCUAAGAUAUUCGCUAUCCUCUUUCCUGGCAGUCCCGCUGUCAACGCUCUGCUUGCAACUCUCUAUAUCUCCGGUCCCCCAAACUUUCUACUAGCACUAUGUCCAACCAACAUCGAUCCAUCGUCGCUAUCAGUAAUGGUUGCAUUUGCCGUUGGCGGCUUGUUAGGUGAUACGCUCUUCCACCUCUUGCCCGAAAUCUUUCUUGGCGAGGAUUCCCCCGAACGUGCACGCUUUGUGCUCGUCGAGCCCAACCGAAACUUGCUCUUGGGGCUCGCUAUAAUGGUCGGAUUCAUGACAUUCGUGGCAAUGGAUAAGGGGUUGCGUAUUGCGACUGGUGGGGAAGGACACGACCACAAUCACGGCGCCCAUUCGCAUGAACCGUCACCUGCCUCGGCUACGUCGAGUUCAGUAGAUAUAGCAGGUCCAGAAGCCAAGAAUCGCAAAAAGGGGUCCGAUAAAAAAAAUUCGGUGGUAAAGCGCGAUGAAAAGGAGGUAAACCCUAGUGUCAAAUUAGGAGGUUUCCUGAACUUGAUUGCCGACUUUACACACAAUAUCACGGACGGUCUCGCGAUGUCAGCAUCGUUCUAUGCGUCACCCACAAUCGGCGCAACUACCACUGUGGCCGUAUUCUUUCACGAGAUUCCUCACGAAGUCGGUGACUUUGCUCUGCUUGUACAAUCUGGUUUCUCUAAGCGAGCAGCUAUGGGAGCACAAUUUGUAACGGCAUUGGGCGCACUUCUAGGAACGCUGAUUGGCAUUGCCGUCCAGGAACUUGGCGGUAAUAACAAUGUUGAUGGGAGUUUCAAUGGUAUGACUGGAGGCAUCUGGGGAACAAGCUUGUCUUGGGGUGACCUUCUCCUCCCAUUCACAGCCGGCACUUUCCUCUACGUUGGAACUGUAGCCGUUAUCCCCGAGCUUCUGGAGACUGGGCCAAAUAAAGGAGCUGAACUUCGCAAAACGCUGGUACAGUUUGCGGCGGUCGCUUUAGGUGCGGGCAUAAUGCUUUACAUAUCCUGGGAUUGA